UAAGAUGGAUUAAAACAAGGAAGAGGCCAUUAGAGGUAAGAGAUUGCUGAGAAGGAUGUUGUUGGGGCAAAAAGAUUUGUUUUGAUGGCUGAAAACCUGUAUCCUGCGCUCGAUGGUCUUCCUCAGUUGAUUGUUGCUCUUGACGUAUACAUAUCUGCCGAUGAAAAGAUCAAUGGAGAAGUUGACUGGUACAGAGUGCUUGGUGUUCAGCCAUAUUCCGCUGAGGACACCAUUUGGAAACAUUACAUGAAGCUGGCUUUCAUUCUUCAUCCGGACAAAAACAAAUUCGCAGGUGCAGGAGCUUUCAAACUUCUAUUAGAAGCUUGGAGUUUGUUGUCUGAUAAAGCAAGGAGAUUUUCUUAUGACCAGAAGCUGAACUUAAGGGGUGUUACGAAUGUUCUACAUGGGAAAUCAUCAAUGGCAACAACAAGCUCUAAUGGUUUCCAUUAUUCCUACAGUGUUAAAAACUCAAACAUCGGUGAUCAGCACGGUGCUACUUAUUCCAAUUCCGCUCCUCCUCGCUCAACAAGAACUGAUACAUUUUGGACAACCUACAGUUCCUGUCAAGAAGGUCUAAAGUCUUGUAAGGGCAGUUUGAAACUUGAUCCAGUGGCUACUCCUUCAGAACUGCUUCAAGUUUUCACUGAAGCUCAAGUGGUGAUCAUGAAAAGAGCUCGAGAAAAUGUACCGUUUGUGGAUUCAAAAAGAUCCGAAGAAAAAGAGCUGAUGGCGGCGGUUGCGACUGCUGAAACAUCUUCAUCAUACUCUGAAGCUGCUGUUGGAGUUCAUCAAACUUUUGACGCUGCUCUGCUUCCCUCGCUGCAGCCUCUAUUUCCCUCACUUUAG